AUGCACAUUGAUCGCUUCUUUUUGUAUGAUACCCAGACUUGUUGCGAUCGUUGUACCUGGCCUCGGAUAAUCAAAAAGCGAGAGACGAAAGUGUGUAACGAUGGUUAUGAGGAAGCCAUAUCAGCCAAUGAUAAUAUUUUCUUCGGGGAACAACUUUUUGAGGAACCCGGCUUUACAAAUCUUGUAACAAUUUCAGAUCAACUGAUGACAUAUUUUGGCUGGAGGAUAUUAAUUUCUGGCUUAAUGACUCUGUAUAAACCAAGAUAUCUUGCAUUGGAAGUAGCACGGUUGAGUUAUGAGAUUACUGUAAUAUCAAUCUAA